UAAAAUGUAUCCGUAUGGACUUGCAAAAUGUUCAAGAACUCUCGCAUGGUAACAGGCUCCUGAGGCCAUGUUUUCAACCGAGGGUUUUUUCUCUGCUCGCCGGACGGGGGAACAAAUCUCUGUUUUCUCUUCGAUUUUAGCUACCCAACCUAUCCUUAGAUCAGCUUUGACAACCUCUGAAACCAAUCUUCGAGAGGUUUUAUAUUCAGUGGAUGAGGUUAAUUUCAGUUGAUCUGGUUUCAAAUAUGAUCAUUGACCUGCUUGCACAAGCAAGACUGUGCUUAUGACAUAGUGACAUUUAGAUACCAUCUAACAUAUACUGAUGUGGGCAAUGCUCAAGCAAUUCUCAUCCAGGAAGCAAAGCAGGAAAAAGUAAAAACUAAUGGAAAAACCACGGUAUCAUUUUCUUUCUCUUGAUCUUUCUGAAUCUGCAUCUUCUCAGAACACUGAGAGGUCCAAUUUAGAUGAGAAUGGAAGUCGUGGGUCUAGUCUUACUGCAGGCUUGAAGAAAAGAGGUCAUGGGAGUCGAUCUUGGAUUAAAAUUGAUAAAAAUGGCAACUCAAAGAUUUUGAAGCUCGACAAGGCCACAAUAAUGAGGCAUUGUUCUUUGCCUGCCAGGGAUCUCCGACUUUUGGACCCUUUGUUCAUUUAUCCUUCUACAAUAUUAGGACGGGAGAACGCUAUUGUGGUCAGUCUUGAACAGAUCAGGUGUAUAAUCACUGCCGAUGAGGUUAUCCUGAUGAAUUCCUUGGAUGGAUGUGUUGUUCAGUACAAGUCAGAAUUGUGCAAACGCCUUCGGAGGAAUAGAGAUAAAGCUGAGGAUCUGCCUUUCGAAUUUAGGGCGUUGGAGCUAGCUCUGGAAUUAAUAUGCAUGUCUCUAGAUGCUCAGGUAAAAGAACUGGAAAGGGAGAUAUAUCCUGUGCUAGAUGAAUUGGCGACAUCUAUUAGCACUCUUAAUCUGGAACGUGUGCGUAGACUCAAAGGCCACCUGCUUGCCUUGACUCAGCGAGUUCAGAAGGUCCGAGAUGAAAUAGAGCAUCUUAUGGAUGAUGAUGGGGAUAUGGCGGAGAUGUAUCUGACUGAGAAGAAACAAAGGUCAGAGGCUUAUCUGUUAAAUGACGUUUCUGUACAAACUGAUACUUCAGGUGGGGCCAGAGAGGUUUCAAAAUCUGCUCCUGUUUCACCUGUGGGGGCCUUCAGUGGAGCUCCAUUUUUGCAAAGGGCUUUUAGUAGUAUCAUGAGUUCAAGCAAACAUGGAAGCUUAAUGGAUUCAUCUGACGGAGAGAACAUUGAACAACUGGAAAUGUUGCUUGAGGCAUACUUUGUUGUCAUUGACAAUACCAUGAGCAAGUUGUUAUCGCUCAAAGAAUACAUCGAUGACACUGAAGAUCUGAUCAAUAUUAAACUGGGCAAUGUUCAGAACCAGCUCAUACAAUUUCAGUUGCUUCUUACGGCUGCGACCUUUGUGGCUACGGUAUUUGCUUCUGUAACUGCAGUAUUUGGAAUGAACUUUGCAGACUCAAUUUUUGACCGCCCCUCUACUUUCAAUUGGGUUCUGGUUUUUACUGGUUUUACCUGUGGGUUUUUGUAUGUCUGUUUCCUAAUUUAUUUAAGGCAUAGGAAAGUCUUUCCGGUGUAAAUUCUAUUGUGAACUUGACGUAAAUAAAGGUACAAGGUUCUUACUUUGGAACUGUAAUUCCA